UCAACGACAACAUGGCCAUGCGUUCGGAGAGUGAUUUUGGAUUUGUUGGAACUAUUACAGACGACGUUGAUGUUCCCUUAGCAUCGGAGAGCAGUGACAAUGAAGAUGAGGUACUUCCGCACAGAAAAACAAAAAAACGAAAAAACAAACAUUCAGAUUUCUCCACUGAUUUUGUAUUCAAUGAGAAGAGUUCUGCUGGUGAUUUAUUAGAGAAGGAAUAUGGACAGGUGUUCAAACAGAGGGCUUCUGCUACAUCAUUGGAUGAAAAAAUUGCCAAGAUCAGAAGACAGAAAAAGAAGGAGCAAAAGUCUGAACAAUCUCGGUCCGAGAAGGAGAAUGAAGAGAUGGGUGCUGAGCAGACGAAUAAUAGUGUUCCUCCGGGAGAAGAUGAAGAGUCCAAUCAGGAAGCAGAGGAAAGCGAUCAGCUAGAGUCGUCCGAUUCGGAGCUAGAUGAGAAGCCUGAUACAUUAAAAAUGAAGCAAAGAAAGGGGAAACAGCCUGUGGAAGAACAACCUCAGCAGACUAUAGAAUAUGAUUCGGAGGAUGAGCUGGAAAAGCAAAGGUUUUUUGAGGAUGCACCGCCACUGGAUAACACAUCAUCAUUCCAGGAAAUGAACCUUUCUAGGCCAUUAAUGAAGGUGGAUUGGAUGUAAGAUCUCAGGAGGCCGCGCUCCGAUUGGGCCCAGAUGUCGUUAUCGCAACGCCAGGGCGCUUGAUCGACCACCUGCAGAACACACCUUGCUUUCAUCUCAGCAGCAUCGAAGUUCUCAUUCUUGACGAAGCCGACAGGAUGCUGGAUGAGUAUUUUGCUCAGCAGAUGAAGGAGAUCAUUAAGGAGUGCGCUGUGAUGAGACAGACUAUGCUCUUCUCUGCCACCAUGUCAGAUCAGGUGAAAGACUUGGCUACAGUAUCCCUCAAGAAACCAGUGAAGAUAUUUGUGGAUAGCAAUCGAGAUGUAGCAUUCGGCCUGAGGCAAGAGUUUCUCAGGAUCCGUGCGAAUCGAGAGGGCGACAGGGAAGCUAUUCUUGCAGCUCUCGUGAGCCGGACGUUCCACGACCACUGCAUGGUGUUCGUGCAGACGAAGAAGCAGGCGCACCGGCUACACGUCGCUCUCGGCCUGCUCGGCUGCACCGUCGGCGAGCUGCACGGCAACAUGUCGCAGCCGCAGCGGCUCGACGCGCUCGCGCGCUUCAAGGAGGCGCAGCUCGACGUGCUCGUCGCGACCGACCUCGCCGCGCGCGGCCUCGACAUCGCCGGCGUCAAGACCGUUAUUAACUUCACGAUGCCCAACACUGUGCAGCAUUACAUACACCGUGUCGGACGAACAGCACGCGCCGGCAAGAGUGGAAGGGCUGUCUCAAUGGUUGGCGAGAGUGAGCGGAAAAUGUUGAAGGAGAUUGUUAAACGCGCACGGACUCCUGUGAAGAGCAGGGUGGUGCCACAAGAGGUGAUCAACAAGUACAUGAGAAGGUUAGCAGCAGUGGAGAGUGACAUUGGCCAGGUGCUUAGGAUGGAGACGGAGGAGAAGGAGAUAAAGGGAACAGAGGCACAGGUGCACAAGGCCGAGAAGCUCAUAAACCAGAAGCAGGAGGUUGGCCGCCCGAAGAGAACGUGGUUCCAGACACACAGAGAGAGAAUGGAGGAGCAAGAGAGGGUAAGGUUGGGAGAAUACAACAAGAUGACAGCAAAGAAAAAGAAGCUUUCGAAGGAAGAAUUGGCAAAUAUGAGAAAGAAGCUGACACCAGAAGAAAGGGUGGAGCUUCAGCUCAGAAAAACUAUGGAGUAUCAAGCUCGGAUAAUGAAACGAGACCGGAGACCAAAGCGAAUCAUAUCCGCUGCAGAAGCUACCAUAGAUGAUUUGUCAUCAAAGAAAAGCAAAAUUGGUAAGAAAAAGAAAAAGCCAGGGGAACAAAAGGGAUCGGAGCAGAAGUCUGCUUUCCAUCAGGACCUGACGAAUGUCUCCAAAAAGUCUGUCAGCAAACUGCGUGCAGGGCCUUCAUACAACGAAAAGAAGGAAGCUGGAAUGCUGAAGAAAAAGACUGGUCCUAAAGGAACGUUCAAGUCAAAGAGCCGGUACAAACGGAGAUAGCUGAUUGGUGCGUGCUGAAAGAAAAAACUGUUAUCACGGACAUCAAUUCAUUAUAAAUCACGUAAAUGCGAAAUUUCCUGUACAUAAAGCAUCAGGUAAAAAUAAAUUGUAAUACUUUAUUACAUUAGGUCA